UCCGUCCACCACCACCACCACCAGCAGCGAGGACCCCAGCCACCACCACCACCACCACCAUCACCACCCCCACCCCCGCUACGGCCGCAGGGAGUCUUGGCCCUGCACCAACGCAAACCACCUCACCCCCACCACAACUACCACUACCACCACCACUAGCGGCUCCUCCUACUCCUCCCCGGCAAACAGCACCUGCAGCAGGGCCUCAGACGGGACGCGCAGCCCUCGGCGAGUCAUCUCCUCCAAGACAAGCAGCCUGGAGAGUGUGGCGGAGGGGCGAAGAAGCCGAGGACUCAGCCCCAACCCUACCUCAAGCCCUAGACGCAGCACCGCCAGCCCGAUCUCCCUCCGCACGGGCUCCAGGAACAGCUCGCUCGGGAACCUCUCGUGGGGAAGCAGCGAGAAUGUGGGGCGGCGGUCGGCGUCGUCUGUGGAGGGCAAGGGAAGCGAUGGGGGCGACUGGGACUCCGGCGUGGACUCUGUGACUUCCAAGAUGGUGCUUAUUAAGUGUAAGGAUGCCAACUACCUGACCCGUAUCUACCUCGAUCGUGAAGGAAUUCAUGCCCUGAAGAUCGUCGGGCGCGUCGGAGUGGGCGGGUCCGCGCCAGACCACGUGAUGAGCGAGGCCCAGCCCGGCCACGCCCACCUCCUCCACCACCAGCCCAACGAUGACGUCACCAAGUUCACCGGUGACGUCAGCGGCCGAGACAACCAGUCGGCGAGCGUGAUAAGCCAAGCCACCGACGGGGAGUUCGAGCACGACACGGCCGACUACCAGUGGCUCCUCGACUAUGAGUAUCGUGAGAGUUACAGCCGAGAGGUGGGCCCGACGUCCCUAUCCUCGACGGGCAGGGAUGGUUCAGGCCGCGUCUCUGUCCUCGAGGCGAGUCGCGGCCCCCUCCAAGAUCUUUCCUACGAGACGCUGGCCAGGAAUCUCGACGCCAACCUCGCCGAGAUUGAUAUGGACGACUUCCACAGCGAGGACAUCCACAACCUUCUCACUCUGCCGACCAUGUGUGGAGAGUUUCAGAGUGCCGGUGACGGGGAGAUGUUCGCCAGCGUGUCGGGUUCCAUGAUGAACAAGAUCGACCUGGGAGCCUCCGUCAGCCCUCACGCAUCCUCCCACUGCGAUGAUGAGGACGAGGACGGCGAGUACAAGGAAGAGGAAGAGGAGGAGGAGGAGGAGGAAGAGGAAGAGGAGAGCUGCGACAGGAGGGACGACGAGGAAUACAGCGGGGUGAGCGGCGACCUGUCCCUGUACCAAUCUGGGCCGUUGUUCUCGCCCCUGAAGGAGCCGCCGCCCCUCGCCAACACCACAUUCAGUGUGGACUCCCUGGACUGCGACUCCCUGCAUGACGACCUCAUCCUCACGUGCCAGGCCAACAAGGACAACUACACCAUCGCCUUCGAGGGGUCCUUCGUGCAAUAUUCAGAGGACUCAGACUACCAUGAAGCAGAGAGCGAGUCCAGUGGCAGCAACCACUGGUCUACGGAGAGGCUGGAGGGCCGUGCCUCCGCCCCCGCCAUGACCCACUCGGACCAGCCCUACACUACCUGGUCCAGGGUCGGUCGCCGUGCCUCCCGCACGCCUGAGGUGCCUUCCAGAGCCGUCAGUGGCCAGCAACAGGCGGCAGGAGCGGCGGAGGCCACAAGGACAUCGGACCAGAACCAGUCCAGCACCAAGAGCAACAGCAUGCCCAACCUGAUGCGCCGCUCACUGAUGCGCCGCUCCCUGGAGGCGUCCGGCGGCUGUGUGAAGGUGUUUGACCUGCAGAACAGCAUGCGCUCCAGCCAGACCAGCAAGAUCGCGGGGGAGACCAAUAAUUUCUCUCUGGUGAAGCUGUUCAUGCGGCAAAAGAGUCUGAGCAAGGAGGCAGUGAGUCUGUCAUCCAGCAUCUCCCAGGAGGGGCCGUGCUCCAGCUCUGACAACCAGUCCAACGUGCACGACUCAUCGGACUGGCCCAUGAACAGCCAGUCAGAAAACGACAUGGAUGGCAGCGCCUCUCCCGUGCCGCCACCAACCCUCAUGCGGCAGAAUGGCGUCAUUUAUCACCACCACCACCACCAUCAUCACCACCACAACCACCACCAGGAACGAGGCUUCCGGCGCCGCACCGGUUCUUUGGGCCAUGACAUGACACCGAGGACCAACCAGCAGCAGGAGUACAGCUCGCCGGACCACAGCACCACCACCAGCGACACAUUCGCCAACAACACCGCCAACACACAGCAGCAGCAGCAACAGCAGCAGCAGCAGCAGCAGCAGCAGGACGGAAUAAUCAACAACAACAACAUUAUCACAGCUGCAAACCACCCGUUGGACAACACCGGCCUCACGCUCGCCAACACCAUGGACAACGUGACCAGCUUCGAGGACAGCCUGAAGGAGACCAACCCGUGCUCCAAGCCGCCCGUGACCAGCCCCAUCCGCGAGGAGCCUGAGGGAAUGGACAUUUCAAUGGACAGCCGCGGCGAGAGCAAAGUGCUGCUUGACCAGUCUGAGAAGGAGACUAAAAUCAUGCAUGAAGUUUUGCGGCUGCGGGACAAACUUAACAUGGAGAAGAACCACAUUCCCGCCAAGGCGUCACAGAAGGAGAAAAACAACAACAGAAACAACUUCAACAACCUGCUGGGCGAGGAACACAAGCGAGCACAGUCCCCCGGCGCUUCCAAAAAGGCUGCUGCCGCCGUUGUGGUCGCUAACAACAACAACAAACGAGAUGGGUCUGGUGCCACGUCCAUGCGAAGGCGCCAGGAUUCCGGGAACUCCUCCAGCGGGUACGCGUCCAACAGGGGCUCGACUGAGAAGAUCAGGCGACCGUCAGACUCGGACCUUAGCAGCGUGUCGCAGCAGAAACCUCGCCCCAAGCCGAGGGUGAUGAAGCAGAUGUCCGACCAGUGCCUGCAGACCUCCAACCUGAAGGUGUCGGCGAUGGUCAACACAAGCUUCAACGUGGAGAAAAAGGAAGUGUACGUCUACUACCCCAACUACGCACUGCCAGACCUCGGCUUCCUCAAGGACAAGAAGUACAACAUUGAUGCCCGAGUAUUCCUGGUGCCACAGCAUUACACGGCCCGUCCCGAUGAGGCGCGGCGAGGAAAGGAUCCCUCCAAGCUGCGACGGCCCUUCUCCUGUGGCGACAUGGAGAAGCUGAAGAAGCACGGCUUUGGCCACAUCAAGGACUGGGACUCCCUCAACUUCCUGCUACCAAAAGAACUGAAAGAGAUGCUUCUCGAUGAAACUGAGUGCAUGGAGACCACGAAGCCUUCCUUCUGUCAGUCCCCGAAGCCUGCCCGCCGGCCCGCCAGUGCAGACUAUUCCUUGCAGCAGAAGUGUUCCCAUGACAUCAUCAAGGCGUCAGCCAGCAACAGCAGCCUCAACUCCACCCAGCCGUCGUCAGGCUACCGAGGCUCCUCCACCAUGCUCAACGACUCAGAGGGCGAGAGCGGCAGCAGCAGAUUUGAAACACCAACAGACACUGAGGGCAUGGAGAAGCCACCGCCCUUGCCCAAGCGGUCCAUCUCUCUGCCCGUAGAGGAACGCCAAGACUCUGAGGAUCCAGACACGCCCCCGCCUCGGCCGCCGCUGCCCAGAGGGAUUCUAAGGAAGUCCUCGUCACUCAAGGAUGACGGAGGCAAAGGCACCACCAACAAGAGGUUCAGCGCCAUUGAGUCUGGGCGGGGUGGCAUGCGGGAGGACCUGCUUAAGAGAAGGUCGCUGCAGGAGCCCAUGGAACACAUGGCUCACCGCGUGGCCCGGGACACCAUCCCCGAGGCGGCCCCCAGCAGUGUGCCUCACGAGGGCGAGGAGGAGGCGCCUCCCAGCCUGCCCUCCCCCAUGGGCUGCAGCUGCGUGAGUCAGUGCACAGGCUUCUGCGGUAAAGGUCUCCAGAAGAAAAACCUGCUGAGAGUGAGCGAGUUGCCAGAUGUGUCCAGUCACGAAGACCUGACGGAGGACGACCUGCUGCGCAUCCGAUCUCAAGUGAGCAACCUGCUGGUGGCGCGGGGCAGCGUGGGCUCGCUGCUGACAGACGCGGGCGCUGCCUGCGAUCUCUGCCCCAAGAAGAGCGUCAGCUUCGCGGAGAAGAACCAGUGCUUAGAAGGCGGUGGUGGUGGUAGUGGCGGCGGCGUUGGUGGUGGCGCUCCUAUUGGCGGUGAAGCUGCUGGAGCGGCGACGGAGGACGAAGCCAGACCGAUGGUUUACGACGCCCACGACAAGAAGACGCUGGUGCUGUCUGUGCGCGCCGCUGUGGAGAAACUCGUCACGCACUUCUCCACAGGCGGGACACAGCAGGAGAAGGUUCGCCUAGCGCUGUGACCCCCGGCCGUGGCGCAGCUGGCCCUGGACAAGCUAUGCCCUGCAGUGUACGCCUUGCUGAGUGAUGGCCUGCACCCCUCCUUGCAAUCACUCUUCGGCAAGAUCAACAACUCAGUCUGGCGCGUCAUCGAAGUCACGAGUCAGAUCAGCCCCUCCACCAAGGCCCUCAACGACCUGGUCCUCACCCUGAACAGCGAAGAGUGUCUCUCAGAGGGACCAAUCAAGUUCAACGCCUUCAUCUUUGGCCUCCUUAACAUCCGGUCGCUGGACUCGUGGCUUGGUUACCUGCGGACAAGGGAGAGCGUCAUCCAGAAGCACUACCACCCCGAGGCCUUCCUGUACCUGGCCAACACCGCCACCAAGUCCCUCUACGAUGACCUGCUCCUGUCGCUGCGGCCCCUCGCCCUGCUGCCCUUCAACCUGGACCUGCUGCACGAGUACAAGGCUCUACAUGCCAGCCUGCAGAAAAUGGAGGAACGCCUUCUGCUCCACGCUGGCUCCAAAGAAAGUCCAGGUGAUCGCCCGCCAUCAGUUCUCGACCUUCACUCCAAAGAGACGAAGGAGUUCAAGAACGCCGCCCAGCAGGACCGCGUCAAGGCACUUAUGCGGGUGCUCGCCUCGCCAGAACUCGACGAGCACGAGCUCCUGCACUCCACGCUGGACCAUUCGCGGGAUCGAAGCCGCAGCCCACGCCCGCGCUCUUGUUAUGACCACGUGACGGGAGAGGAACUCAGCCCCGCACAACGCAAGCGCUGGAGCGGCGUCCAGCUUGGCUCCCGGCUACUGACAGCCAUCGACAAGCUGAUGUUGGAGGAGGCCGCCGGCACCUCCAGCGAGGACUACACUGACUCCAUCGACAACCCGAAGAGCGGGCGGCCAUCGGGGCCGCGGCGGGGCAGCGUGGGCCUCAAUGACGACCUCCCGUCAGACCUGAGGAUCAGCGACGUGUCGAGCCGAGACGGUGACGUGAGUGAGCGAUCAGCCUCUGAGAAGGACACGGAGAACGAGAAGGGCGCGAAGGCGUGUGUUGAGAGUGAGCGAGAUGAGGAACCAGAGGGCGUCAGGUUCCGGCGACUACAACUUAAAUGGGAGCAGAUGGCCAGCCCUGAGAAGAAGCCUGCCAAGGCACAGCAGCAGCAGCAGCAGCAGCAGUCACCGCCGCCGCCGCCGCCGCAGCAACCACCACAGCCACAGCCGCCUCAGCCCGAGAAGUCCAUCAGCCCCAGUAGCGGCAGCAGGUCCAGAAUACCGCGGCCUGUGAGCAUGACGUCCCCCCAGCGACCCUUCAAGGCCUUCGACCCCUCCAAGGAGAAGACGUCGCCGCAGGUCAAGCAGCCACCGAAGUACGUCCCGGCGUCCCCCAAGGAGCUGCCCAAGCCUGCCCCGCGACGCUCGCUGAAGGACAAGGCGGCGUGCCAGUCCCCAGCAGGCGACGAGCAAGGAGGCGCCGCACGCCCUCCCUCGGUGCGCUCCCGCCUUGCCCCACGCCCCACCUCCAUCUCCAAUAACAUGGUGCGCGCCUCCUCAGUGCCUGGCCGCGUCCCCGCUUCGGCAGACAAGAGCAGCAGCCCCAGUGGCAGGUAUGAGGGCCAGCGUAGGUAUGGUGGACAGCCCAGGUCAGCCAGCCACGGGAGACGCGUGACGCCCGGAGACUCCCCCAAGCUGGUCCAGACGCUCCACCACCGCCUGGCCACGGACAACGGACACCUCAGCUUCAACCGCGGCGACAUCCUGACGGUGGUGGUGGAAGUGGACGACCGCUACUUGCUGUGCUGCCACAACGACCGGAAGGGCCUCGUGCCGCGCGCCUCCGUCAUCAUCCACGAGGAAUAGGGACGGUGCUGAGCGGGGCGGGGCGGAGCGGGGUGAGGCGGGGAUGGGGUGGCGUGCCUGUGAGACUGCUGCCCACAUGCCCACCUGCCCACCCCCGCUUCGCCGACCCCCCGCGUCCAGUGAAGCAAGACUAUUGGUGAUCAUCUCGGACGAAGUGUAGCUUUUUUUUUCACCUUUUUCGUCCUGUCUCGGAGGCUAAACACUGACGCACUCAUUGUCAUUGAUUUAUCCAUUCCAUUACUUAUUUAUAUUUACACGUAAGACCGUUUUUCAUAGAUUCACUGUGCCCAGAAGCGGGUGGUUCGCUAUUAAGGCUCUCUAGAGGCUGACGCCGUUAAGGUGUUGGAGGAAUGAAGCACGGUGGAAAGCUUGAGAUUAAAUAAAAGAAAUAAUGGAGGUAAAAGAAGAACAGAGUGAUGCCAGUACAUAUAUAUAGCUUAUAAGACCUUUUAUAUGCUACUCACAAAACCUUCCCCCUCAAAAAAAGUUAAAAAAAAAAAAUCUUUAUUGACAACUUGUACAUGAUUUUGAAGUGACAUUAUCCACCCUUUGCACAUGCCUCCCCCCCACCCCUUACCCUGCCUUCUCCUCACCGUGUUAUAGCGACUACUACUGCCACUAUUACUACUACUACUUCUACUUCUUUUUCUACUUCUUCCAUUACGAAAUUUUUCUGGCUGUUGAUGAAUUCGUGAAUGGGAAUUUCUCUCUCUCUCUCUCUCUCUCUCUCUCUCUCUCUCUCUCUCUCUCUCUCUCUCUCUCUCUCUCUCUCUCUCUCUCUCUCUCUCUCUCUCUCUCUCUCUCAGGUGCAGGUGACUAUAUUUCAUUGCCUUAUCCCUUUCUUCGCUGCAACAACUCCUGUACUCUCUCUCUCUCUCUCUCUCUCUCUCUCUCUCUCUCUCUCUCUCUCUCUCUCUCUCUCUCUCUCUCUCUCUCUCUCUCUCUCUUUCGCCAUGCCUUUCCUCCCUUAUCUUCAUCCUUCGUCUCAGUUCAACUUUUCUCCCUUGCGAAGCGACACUCGACAAAGGUGUUCAAGUCUCCGUAUGAAAAGAGUGAAAACCCACGCAGUAAUAAACACGAGGCGAGAAUUGUGACCCGGAAACUUGCACGCGGUCAAUUUCUCGUAAGUUUGUUUCAAUUCAUAACUUUUUUUUUUUUUUCGGAGUUUCCGUGUUUGUAUUCUUGUGGCAACGUGUAUAUGGUUCGGUAGAGAAGAUAUAUAAUAAGUGGUAAUGAAAGGUGGUAAUGUGAUAAGAUUUAGUAAGGGAAGUUACGUACGUUCAUCUCGCCUAACUGCUUUGCUGGGAAGAAAGAAAUUGAAAUGGUUGUAAUGAUAAGUUGAAAUGCAAGGAUCAAAUUAAAUAAGCCUAAUAAUAAUGACGAGUUAAAAUGGAGAGAUCAAGAAAAUGGAUAAAAUGAAAGGAACUUUAAGAAAACUGCGAAUUAUUCAAGCUGCGCGUGUGAAGCUUGCGUCUGCGGUGUGAUGGAGCGGCGGGUCCCUCGUGUUGCUUAACUCACACACUCUCUCCCAUUGGCUUACUCGUCCGUGCUCGCUCACUCCUCGGCGUAACUCGCCAGUGACCACGAGUUCAUCGUCCGUAUACACAGAAAACACUUCCUUCCUAUACUCUGUAUGGGUGCAUGAAACUUCUAUUUGUUCAUAUCUCACACUCUUCCUGUGCGCUCUGUAAGUAAAUGUAAAACUCGUCACAUCUCACACUCUCCUCUUCUUUCUUUCUUUUUCUUUUCAUCGGUAAAUGUAAAACUUGUACUACAUCACUACUUUCUUUAUAACUCUUCGCUGUACUCGUAAUUGGUAAAUGCAAGACUAGCUUACAUUUCUCUCCCUCUAUCUUCCUCCACUCCUCUUCCCCACCACAGCCCUCAGACCACGGCACCCGCCCCCAAGCCUCGUCCAAGCUGUGUCAUCACUCUCCUCUAAGCUGUGUCAAGCUCACGUCUACUUAAAAGCACGCGUCACAUUUGGGUUGUCUCAGAAUCCAAAACUGUCAUACUGUAAUUGUAUUGUUAUGAGUAGUUUGCGUGAGAGUUUGUUGUGAUGACGGAGUUUGAGUGGCCGGCAUCGUCAUCACUGUCACCACCAUCACCACCACCGCUGCCGCCACUGUCGCCACCCUCAGUGUGAAAAAGAAGAAAUGGCUUGUGACUCUGAUGGGUUCAUUUGAGAGAGACUGGCUCCUCCUGCACCCUUUAGCACACGUUUUUCAUCAUUUCCUCAGUAGUCAGCACUUAACGACUUGUUAAGCUGAAGUAGUAAUUAAUAUAAGUACGGUUGCCUCACCCAAAGACUUAUUGUUUUUACUCACAGUAUCUUAAACUUUAUCUUUUUUCGUAUAAUAAUUAUCAUCACUAUAGUGCCCAGUAUGAUUUCUGGUUUUGUAGUGUUUUUUCUUCUUGGUGUGUAUUUUUGACGCACUACUCAAUGAACUCUUUUCCGAAGCUUCGAAAAUUGUGAUGAAAGUCUUUGGGCAAACGGUAGUCGUGCGUGGUUGGGUCUGUCUGUCAGCCCGCCUUGUCUGUCCAUCUGUCUCGCCUGUCUGUCCCACUCCCUCUGUCCUCAGCAUCCGCCAGCCAGUCGCUCUGGGGUGACACGGAAAGUAAGGCCGAGUAUACUUGGUUAUACUAUUUGGAACUUACUAACUGUCUCUCUUUAUCCUUAACUACCCUUUGGAUCCUUUGGUUUCCCGUGCAUGCCUCCCCAGGUUGUGUGUCUUGUUCCCACUCCUUGGUUUUAGUCCUAGGUUAGAUUUUUUUUUUUUUUUUUUUGGUGAUAUCUUCCCAUACUUGUCCUUGGUGCUUGUAGUUAGCUAGGCAUUUCUUCUCCGCCUCGGGAACUUGGUUGUGCAGCCUGUGUCCUUAUCCUGCCUGAGUCCUCUGUUGUGUCGUUCCCCUGUUCUUUGAUUAUGUUCAUAUAGGUUAGACUUUUUUUUUUUUUUUAUCAUUCCUUUCACAUACUUGCCCUCAUUGCUUGUUAGUUAGCUAGGUUCUUCUUCCUCCAUUCCCCGGGAACACAGCGCAGCCAGAGUGUCAUCGCGUCAGGUUCCAUAUGGUAUUUACCUGGUCGUCGGCCGCCGCCCCCGGGACCGCCUCGCCUCAGUCCGGCAACGAUCAUGUUCGCCGCACGCCCACCAGCCCAUCCACGCAGCCAGUCACAUCGGCUUCGUCAUCUGGAGAACGCAUCUGACUGGCUGACGAAUUGGACAAGGUGGACAGACAGCGGGCAUUUUCGUAUCCUGACUACAGCUGGUGACCUGACUGGCGGUGCUGAUUGGCUGAGGGAAGACAAACACGAGACACGGAGACACGAGCGGCUGUCGACUUCCCAUUAUGUUUUUCGGCUUCAGAAACGAAAUGAAAGGAAAGGAAUGAUGAGUGACAUGUGAACCGCUGAGAAGAGAAAAUACGCAAGGCUUAUUUGACCACCACACCACCUGUCUGAGCAGCGAUACAACCCAGAGAAGUUCGGUGAUGAAUGUUACGCUUCCAACGAGACAGUCCUGAGUUGAUGGUAAUGAUACACGUUUGCGUUACGGUUUACCAGCUCACUCAAAAUACAAUGCUGCGUUGAAGGUAAUGGUAUAUGUUACUGCGUUUCGUUCCGCCAUGACACUGAAAAUAACUACAUUUCAACAAUUCAGAAUCGCCAGAAAUGAGCAACAGUAGAAAUACCUCACGUUGUGCCCGACGGUUGUUGCUCUUGGUGACCAGCCGCUACUAUUGUAACUACUUAACUGUUUCACGGAGAUCGACGGAAAGGAGCAGUCACUAACUCGUAGAAAGUCUCAUAAUUACUCCUCUGCAUCUAUAUAUAUAUUUAGCGAAUGAUGAGUUGUAACUACAUAUAUACGCGUACAACAGAAUAUAUCAAUGCCACUUGUGAUAAAAUGGUCGGGAGACGAGACUUUUACAUGACUGGGACUCGAGCACUCGAAUCUCUUUCCCGGUAGUUCGCAGAUUCACGGAACAUUGAGGCAAAAGAAUCUUGAACUCUUAAAAUAAACGACUCGACUCGCUCUGCUCCUGCCAACCUGACUUUUAACACUUUUACUCUGUAGCAUUAGUCUGACCUUUGCCUCCUGUAGGUGUGACCUUAGCGCCCCUGUGUUGUAGUUUUAGGAACACCCACCCACUCCCACCUUCGCUCAUUUUCCGCCACGGUUGCACAAGACGACUACCGUAGCUGAUGUUUUCCGAUACUUUUUUUUUCCCCUUUUUUCCCCAACCUUUUCCAUCCCUUCCUCCCCGUUCCCCGUCCCCUUCCCUCGCCUCUCCCCCGCGCACAUGUACCUACGUACGUAGCCGACGUUCCACAGUCUUAGAGAGUAAGUCUGUGUUUAAUCUCCUCGUGAUGUAUAGAUGCCAUUUCUCUGAGGCAGGUGUAAUUAUAUCGUGUGAAGAGGUCAUCUCGGUUUGACGCAUCUUGCUUUUCGUGUACGUAUGUAUGUAAUCAACAGUAAGUGCAUUAUUUUUUCUGUACAUUUUGAUGGCUUUGUUACUUUUUUCUGUUGCUGUCUUGCCCAGAUUGUGUGGGCUAGUUUUAAACAAAAUAAUCAAGUCAGAGAAAAAAAGAUGAAAAAUAAUCAUUAUCAUGGAGGUGCCUAUGUCUUAUUUCUCUAUAUUUUCGUAUGACCAAAGAAAUGCUUGAAACUUUUUGAAAUUUGUACAUUUUGUGUAGAUUUAAAAACAAAAAAUGGUAUGAACGAUAAUUUUUGUAGAUAUUUCCUCGAUGAACAAAAAAACUUACAUUUGGUUAAGGCUUUAAUGUAUCAUAAUAUUUACGUUACAUAAACCCAUUGCUGAUCAUGUUAUAGUCCUUUAUUUUAUUUUAUUCGCCCACGCUCAACGGUUAGUCCCGGCAGCAGGUACUAACGCUGCUUGGCGACUCACUGACUGACGAGACGCUGACUGGCCAGUAUAAACUCCUCAAUAUAACCCGCACCCUUGACAGCCCGUCGUAGCGGCCAGCCAGGCGUCCUCAGCGAGUCUUUCUCCUCAGUCAAGCAAAACAUGAAAUUCACCUUUUUGUGUUAAGUUAGGUCGAAAAAUCUACUCCCGGAGCCCGUCAAGUGGCCCUGCAUGUCUGUACUGUACUGUCGGAUGACGAACGCAGCAUAUCUUGGUUUAAACUAUUCACUGCUCUAUUACUAUGGUGAAUAAAUAUUGGUCAGGUAAAA